AAAUAAAAAUCUCAGUGGCAGAAAUAAAGAGGGGAAAUCAUUAAAAUCACCCCCUUGCGCUGUAAUUGGCAUUGUUCCAGUCUGAAGAACUACGAGCAAAUUGGCUAAAACAAAAAAGCAUCCCCGGUGACCAUGAGCCCUGCAGGGUGUUAAUUGAAAAACGCAAACAAAUGGAGAACCAUGGUGAUGAUGAGGGAUAGAAUAAAGGGGUUUAUUACUACAGGCUCUCAAAAAGCAGAAGACCAGAUAUAGAGUGAAAGGUGCGACUUUAUUCCUGGAAAUCAAUAUGGAAUUUGCCGUUAAUUGACUGGAGAUGAGAAGUAAUUUCACCAUUGUUUGGGGACAGGUGAACAGCACGUGGCAAGACACUAUAGAAGUUGCGUUUGUAGCUGCCAAUUGUCUGGUUUUGCUGGUCACUUUGCACGUUGGAUUUCUCGCAAACUUGUUCGUGGCGUGGGCCGUGCACCACCAGAAGUCUCUCCAGACGUCCAACAACGCUCUCCUGGUGAAUCUGGCCGUUAUUGACAUCUUGCGAUGCGCUAUUGAUUGUCCAUUGCUUCUCAGUGUUGUUUUGAGCGCUCGCGACACGCGAGACCUCGGCGUGCUGUUCUGCAGCGCGCAGAUCGCGUCGUUUUCUCUCAUCUGUUGCGUGCAGUUGCUCACGCUGGCGUGUAUCAGCGCCGAGCGAUAUCAAGCCAUUGCACAUCCGUUUAAAAAUGCCGAGCGCCGAAAACGGAUAGCGGUGUGGAUUGCGUUGACAUGGCUGCUUCCCAUCUCCAUAUCGGUCAUUUGCGUGAUUUUUGCGAAAGACUCGCCGGUGUACGUCAGAUGCAGAAGUUUGCGCAUGGAAACGUUAGACUCGUACGACACGUUUGGAGUUUACAUUCUGACCCCCAUCUGGUGCGUUUGUUUGACGGUCAUCAUUGGGUUCUACGGCCGUAUUUUCCUUUUAGUCAGAGCGCACGGUCGGAAAAUAUUCGACAAGGGUUCGCUUCCACCACCAAAUAAGAACAGAGAGGAUACAAAACCCCAAAAUGAAGAAAAGACUGAUAUUAAACAUGCUGCAGAAAACCAACAAACAUUAGACAAUGAUAAUUUAAAACCGAAUGAAAAAGAGUCAUGUGAAGAGAAUCCACUGGAUUUGCAUCCAGCAUCUGAGGAACUUACCACACCAUUUGGCACUGACUCCUUGGAUAUAAACAAACCAGAGCUUGCCACUGAAAUAUCCAGAGAAACCAAAGUCAUCUUUAUAGAUGAACAUUCUAACAAAGCACCACAGGUUCUAGAAGUUCUUGGGGAGCCAAACAACCACCAACCUACUUCUGAAGAAAGUUCUUCCCCAUUAACUAAUGAAGAAGAUUGUGCGAUGGAGUCAAGCACCCACCAAUCAACCAGUGAGGAGUGUGGCGUUGUGCCAAAUGUCCAGCAAGAAAGUUCUCAGUCAUCAGCAAAAGGAGAAGAUGGAGACCAACUAGAUUAUACUUUAGAAACUCUUCCUCCUCCAGCUUCUGAAGAAGAUGGUACUGUUGAGUCAAGCCCUUCACAAGAUACCACUGAAGAAACUUCUCCAACAUCAGGAGAAAAUGGAGAUAAAGGUGCUGAUAAGCAAUGUGUUCCUCAAGAAACUGCUGCAGAAACUUCUCCAGCAUCGACCGGAGAAGCCACAGCUGCUCCACAGGAGGAGGAGGAGAAGGAGGAGGUGGCGGGUGCCGUCUGUAUGAUGCCUUCUCUCGCCCAAAGAGAACGAGGAAACACCAAGAAGGAGAGCAAACUGGCCAAGCGCUCCGGAUACAUCAUCUUCACCUUCCUCAUAUUUUGGAUCCCGCUGAUAGCGACAGUGGUUUUAAAUCACUUCUUUUACCAAAACGACAAUCUAACAGUGGAGGUUUUCCGGGAGCUGGAGGUUUUAACAGUGUCUUUGGUCUGCAUGACAUCCCUCACCAACCCGAUCAUCUAUGCUGCGGUUAACCCUCAGUUCCGCACAGAGUUUCACAAUCUGAAGACAAAAUGGAAAGAUUUUUGUACACUUUCAUAGAGUUUAUAUGUACUUCUCGGGUUGUUGGAGCUGAGAUCCAGCUAUGCCAAACACUACAUCAAGGGUCUGUUUCAUAAAACAAGUUUAAACCAGGUUUAUUUCAAUUAGUCUGACUUAUCUUCAGUUGAUUUGGUUCAAAAUAAGUCAGACUAACUGAAAUAAGCCUGGCUUAUUUGUUAAACUUGUUUUAUGGAACAGGCCCCUGAUCAGGUUAUUUGUGUUGUGGUUUUGUAUGCUGUUGGCCACACAUUGAAUUAGAUGAUGCUGUCUUAAAUCUUAAGAAAUGCUAAGAUGUUAUGAAUAAUGUUUGUAAACAGCUGCAUUUUGGUAACAUUGAAAUAAAAAUAAAGAUUGAGCA